AUGAAGCUGUAUCUGUUAGCCAUUUUCGCCGCUUUCUUACUGGCUGGAGAGGCCCUCGCAGCGCCAUCAAUUGGCAGCAAAUGCCAUUCGUCUUGCGAGAAAGCCGUGAAGAAGUGCUAUAAAAAGGCUGGUCAUAAAUGGGGUGCGCCUUUGGCAAAUCCACCUGCUGCGGUUGUUACUUGCAACAAGGCUUUUGGUGCUUGUAAAUCUACCUGUCCAAAGUAG